AUGGGCGUGCAAGAAGUGUUCGGGAACAGCGACUGGGACGCCAAGCACCGCGCCGCCGGCGGGAAGCUCGUCGUCGCCGACUUCACCGCCUCCUGGUGCGGUCCGUGCCAGAUGAUCAAGCCGCGCUUCCAUGCGAUGGCCGACCAGUACACCGACGUCGUCUUCCUCGAGGUCAACGAGGCGAACAACGACGACUUGAUCCACAGCAUUGGCAUCCGCGGCUUCCCGACGUUCCACUUUUACAUCAACAAGCAAAAGGUCGACGAGAUGGUCGGCGCCGACCCGAACACGCUCCAGUCCAAGAUCGAGCAGUGGCGCGCGUCCGCCGGUCCCAACCCGUUUGCGUCCGAAGGUGUCUCGCUCGGGGGUGGCGGUGUCGCCCUCGACCCGCGUGAAGCGCGUCUGCGCAAGUUCAACCAGGUCGACUUGCUCCCGACGGCGCCCACGCCUUUCUCCGCCCCGACGCCUGUCGCCGCGCCUGCCCCGAUCGCCGCGCCGGCUGCCUUGACCGCAGAGCAGCAGGCUGAAGACGCUGAGCUCGCGCAAGCCCUCGCGCUCUCGCAGCAGGAGCUUUCCCAGGCCCAGGCCAACGUCGACGAGAGCAGUGCCCCUGCCGAGAUGGAGCUGCCGCCGGUCAACGAAGCCUUCCUCGCGCAGCUUGUCGAGAUGGGAUUCCCGGAGCUCCGCGCUCGAAAGGCGCUGCUGGCGACGAACGACGGCAACCUCGACCAGUGCAUCAACUGGAUCGACGAGCACCAAGACGACGCCGACAUUGACGCGCCGAUCCAGUAUAUCGACAUGGCGCACCACAAGCGAACGCUGACGGCGGACGAGAAGGAGGCCGCCAAGGUUGAGGAGCUCAAGCAGCGCAUCGAGCUCAAGCGCAAGGAGCGCGAAGAGGCCGCCAAGAAGGACGACGUGGCGCGCGAGAUUGCGCGACGCAACAUGGGCAAGGAAGCGAACGCGGCCAAGGAGGAGUACGAAGCGAUUCAGACGCGACUGCUGCGUGAGAAGCAGCGCAAAGAGAAGCUCGACGCCAAGCUCGAACGCGAGCGGCUCUUGAAGCAGCUCGAGAUGGACAAGGCCGAGCGCCGCGCCCACGGCGGCGUGCUCAAGAAGGCGGCCUUUGAGAGCGACGUGGUCAUGGCUGUGUCCGCACCGUCGCCGCCCAAGCCGUCGUCGGGCGACACGAGCCACCUCUCGCCGUCCGAGCAGAUGCGCCAGGCGGUCGACCGCUUGAUGCAGUACCGCGUCGGCGGCGACGGGCUCACGGCGCUCAAGACGCUCCAGAUCUACGUGCGCAACGUGCUUGAAAAGCCGGCCGAGUUUGAAAAGUACUCGAAGAUCAACGGCGGCAACGCAGCCUUCAAGAAGCGCGUCGGGUCGCUCCUCGGCGGCCUCGCCUUUCUGCGCGCGGUCGGCUUUGUCAAGACGGACACGGACGAGCUCGUCAUGACGUCGCGCGACGAAGCGCUGCUGCAGGAGGCCAUGCAACAGCUCUCGGCCGCCAUUGCGCGCUACUAA